CGACGCUGCCUCACCACCGGCGACCGUCUGGUGCUCGAUGGGAGUUCACACUCUAUUAUCAUUCGAGAAAAUCCAAUAACAAUUCAGAGUGGGUCUAUGUGGGUAGCUUGCCCGAUCAUAACAUAUUUAUCGAUAUCGAUGGGGAUAGGGGUAGUGGGCCGGGCCUGCGGGUAUAACAACUUGUGCAGCCUCGAGAAUUGGGGGCCCGUCUGCCGCUGCCCGUGGCAAGUGAACCGCGAAAUCUCUGAAUUGGACGAGAGGCCGGAAUUUUCAGGGAAUAGCUGUACUCAUGGCGGCCCGGGUGAUGACGAGCUGGUAGAGAUUUCGGAUGUCGACUGGCCGAAAAAUGACCGAACAUAUAAAUCCGAGCACCGUGCGCGAGUGCAGAGAUGCUUGAGCCCGAGCUGCUGGAAAAAGCGGAUGCCUUUGUCUAAUGGGAAACUCGACACAGGAUUGGGUUCUGUUGCAUUUCUCGAAGUUAGAAAGGGUUGGAGGGCUGUAAAUUUUGAUAAGCUGUUGGGGUCGGUGACGAUCGCGAACGGCGGAGUUUUGCCAAAAUUCAUCAGGUUCUGCUACCGAAGAAGACCGGCGCCGGCAACGAUCUGCUUCGCAGGAGUUUUAGGCUGGAUUUUGUUUGAUAUGUUUAGUGUACUUCAGUUGUGGGUUUUCAUUGAGAGCUUUAGUAAUUUCUCGUGCUUUUGUGGCGAUGUCUUGGCC